AGGACCCUAUUAUUAAUAACAAGCAGUCGAAUACACUGGCGAAAUAUUUGAAUUUAAUUGAUAUAUUCGCACAAUGAAUGGCGCCUGUUUACUAAAGUAGCAGCUGAUUUAUACCUGUAGUCAGUUUGUGUCGUACGGCCGUUGUUUGUCGCCUGUCAGUUUCAGUCUGGCUUUGGCUAAACUGGCUUGAGAUGGCAGACGAGGCUCUCUUUCAGUUCCUGCACAGUGAAAUUAUUCAGUAUGUCAACAGUGCAGAAACUGGGGAAUCGGAGAAUGGACGAUGUGUUUCUAAACUUGAGAACAUGGGGUUUCGUGUGGGACAAGGACUUAUUGAGAGGUUUACCAAAGACACGCCACGUUUCAAAGAUGAGCUUGAUGUCAUGAAGUUCAUCUGCAAAGAUUUUUGGACCAGUGUUUUUAAGAAGCAGAUUGACAACCUGAGAACAAACCACCAGGGUAUUUAUGUGCUACAAGAUAACAAGUUCCGUCUGCUGACCCAACUGUCUGCCGGCAAACAGUAUCUGGAACAUGCGCCGAAGUUUUUAGCCUUCACCUGUGGACUGGUCCGAGGAGCACUUUCAAACCUUGGUGUGAAAAGUAUAGUCACGGCAGAAGUGUCAGUCAUGCCUGCCUGUAAAUUCCAGGUGAUGAUCCAGAAGAUUUGAUUCACUACAAAGGAGUGUAUUGCUCAUAACAUGUGCAUCUGUUUUAUUGCCUUGUCAUUUUUUAUUGCCUUGUCCAUUUUAUUGCUAAUAUCACUAUGAUUAUUUUUUUUUUAUUUGCAGUAUCUUGACAACUACUGGCAUUGAAAGUGUUUUGGCAUGCAUCGUCAAGCCUUAUUGUACUGUAUUUUGUUAGUGUUUUGAUGUUCAUUAUUCUCUGCCCAUAUUCACGUUGUUUUGAAAAUUAAUUUGCACUGAUAACAUUAAAGCUGGAAUCCUGGUA